CAAGAGACCGUGUCGCGUUCUGUCUGUCUCGCGCCGCUUCUUGUAAUUCUAUCUUCGUCUCGCUUGCACGAUUCGCCCGUCAAUGGGCACGCGGAUCCGUGCAUCUGCCCGAUUGCUCGUACGAGCGACGUCUGCCCAGGAAACUGUCCAUUACGGGGAUCGGAGAACGCGUCUGGUGUGUGCGCGCCGCGUGACGGACUGAAUCGUGAAAACGAUACUCUUGGUGUAUGUGUAUGCUUGGUGUAUGUUGGAUUCGAAAUGUUUUGUUUUGGACAUUGGUGAUUUUUUGGAUGAGAGACUGUAUUAAAGUGUUGAAAAUCAAAGUUAAUGAAAAACAUUUGUCAUUGCUGAAUAUAGCCUCUGAAAAUCAUCCAUGCCGCGCCACUAGAUACCCUUGCCUAUUGUCGAAGAAGUCGGGAUGGCGAUUGUAAAAUGUCUCAUCGUUGGGAUACUCCUGAUGCUGGAGAUCGAUCGAACUACCCAAGGACAGCUGGUUCGACUAGAUGUAAAUCAUCCCGACGUGGUGAUGGUAUCGGUCGGUGAGAAACUGAUCUUGCGAUGCUCGUUGACCUCGAACACGGAAACGAUCUGGUACAAAGGCGACGAAAUAUUUAAACCAUCCUCACCGAGAGUACGACUGAUGAAGCAGUCGUUGAGGUUCAAGUACAUCGAGGCCGAGGAUGCCGAUUCAUACAAUUGCCUGAUCAAAUUGAACGCAACAACCGAAUGGAGAAACGUGACGAUACGAAUCGAAUCGUUGCAGAACGACGGAUAUCAACACGAAACUGAAAGUCUUGGUGGCCAUAGGACUGAGGAGGAAACGAAUGAAUUAGAAAUUGAAGCGAGAAACUUGCCAGAAACACGAUCGUUACAUCUCGACAGCGAAAAUGUGGAAGUCGAUUUGGACAAUGAGAAAUGCGAGAAUGAAACAGCCGGUGAGCAUAAUAACACCGCCCCGGAACGUGCCCCAUCCUUCAAUAAAAGCGUAGAAAUGCCGAACGUGGUUGUGAAACCAGCUGGAAACAUGUUACGACUACGAUGCCCCAGCUUUGGAAAUCCAAGGCCGAAUAUAACAUGGUACAAAAAUAACGAGGAACCGAAGAGGACACUGGGCACAGUGGUCAUGUCCAAGUGGACAUUCAGAUUAGAGGACCUAGUACCUGAAGACAGUGGAAAUUAUACUUGCGUGGUGUGCAAUUAUCUGGGAUGCAUCAAUCGCACAUCCAAAGUUGAAAUUGUCGAGAGCGUGAAACACCGUCCGAUACUGACCAGGCCACCGAAAAAUACCACGGUUCUGAUAGGAGGCAACGUUACAAUGACUUGCGAGGUUCUUUCGGCCGCGCACCGCCAUCUUGAAUGGUAUCAUGGUUAUCACACCUCUUUAUCUACUGUCAACAAAACCAAUCAAAGUUUCCGGGUGGAGGUCAAGGCUGAAGGCGCAGAAAAUCCGGAAGUACUGAAAUUGUAUAAUGUAACAGAAAAAGAUGAAGGCUGGUACACUUGCAUAGCGCAAAAUGCAUUGGGAGAAACAUUUAGCAGCGCUUAUCUUCGAAUAGUAGAAUCCUUGGAAGAUCCUGGAAUACCAAUAACAGCGAAACCACAAAUUCUGGUAAACGUUCUGGCCGCAGUUCUCUUCAUUUUCUUCGCCGUGGGCGUAGUAGUCGUCAUAUAUAUUUUCCACCGUUUGAAACGCGAGAAGAUGAAGAAAUUGUUGGCCAUAGAAACGGCACGUGCCGCGGUCGUGACACAAUGGACAAAGAAAGUGAUUGUGGAAAAACAAAAUUUGGUGAACGCCCAAAAUGUUCAAGAACCAUUAUUGAUGCCAGUGGUAAAGAUUGAGAAACAAAAAUCGACGGUAGCCGCAGAGGAUAGUAAUGGAGGAAGUAUAUCAGAGUACGAACUUCCGGUGGAUAGCGCUUGGGAAUUGCCCAGAGAACAUUUGACUUUGGGUAAUACUUUGGGCGAAGGUGCUUUUGGAAAAGUGGUUAGGGCACAAACCAACACUGGAAAACCUGGAAUACCUUGUGUUGUUGCUGUAAAGAUGUUGAAAGAAGGACAUACUGACGCGGAAAUGAUGGAUUUGGUAUCCGAGAUGGAGAUGAUGAAGAUGAUCGGCAAACAUGUAAAUAUAAUCAAUCUAUUAGGCGCUUGUACGCAAGGGGGACCAUUGUAUGUGGUCGUAGAAUUCGCCCCACAUGGAAACCUCCGUGAUUUUCUACGGGACCAUAGACCUUCCUCGGGAUACGAACCAACGAUUGGUCAAGAACCGAAAGAGAAGAAGACUCUCACGCAAAAGGAUCUCGUGUCAUUUGCCUAUCAGGUAGCUAGAGGGAUGGAAUAUCUAGCGAGCAGGAGGUGCAUCCAUAGGGAUUUAGCUGCCAGAAAUGUGUUAGUCAGCGACGAAUACGUGUUGAAGAUCGCUGACUUCGGUCUGGCAAGGGAUAUUCAUUGUCACGAUUACUAUAGGAAAACCACAGACGGAAGACUUCCGGUUAAAUGGAUGGCACCUGAGGCUCUGUUCCAUCGGGUCUAUACCACUCAAUCUGAUGUAUGGUCGUAUGGAAUUUUAUUGUGGGAGAUCAUGACAUUAGGUGGUACUCCCUAUCCAUCCGUACCAUCAGUAGAAAAAUUAUUCCAAUUAUUAAGAACUGGUCAUCGAAUGGAGAAACCACCAUGUUGUUCUAUCGAAAUAUACAUGUUAAUGAGGGAUUGUUGGAGUUACCAGCCCAACGAACGACCAAUGUUUGGAGAAUUGGUCGAGGAUCUCGAUAGGAUAUUGACAAUAACUGCAAAUGAGGAAUAUUUGGAUCUUGGCCUUCCACAACUAGACACACCGCCGUCCAGUCAAGAAUCGAGUGAAGCCGACGACGACGAAAGUGAAGAAAAGUUCCGCUACUUACUAUGAAAAUCCUACGAACGAUCGGUUUUAGCCGAAGAAUCUGUACAAUUCUCAUGAGAAGAAAAAAGAAAGAUUCAGAAGAUACAACGAACGAUGAAGCGAAAUAAAUAGAAGCA